GGAGGGGGUGGGCAGAGGACACGGUGCCAGGGGGUUGCCAUGAUGAUGAUGGACCCUUGUCCCCGCCUGCGCUGCUCGUCCCGAAACCUGUUGGGUUCGUGCCACACUUUAGCAUGGUGCCGCCGCCACCACCCCCGCUCCCGCCACCCCUGCUGUCCCCAAAAUUCAGCAUGGAACCCAUAUCCAAGAGGACCAAAGCUUUUCACUGGGACCUGGUACCACAAGAAAAAAUGGGGAAGUCGGUCUGGGCGCGGUGCGGCUCAAAGGUCCGACUCGAUACGCUGCGACUGUACGAGCAGUUCGCCGUCCAGGAAAUGGGAUGUCCCGGGGGGCUGGAGUCCACCAAUAACGUCCACAUCAUGCUGAACGACAAGAUUGCCCACAACUUCAAUAUCUUCCUCAAAAGUUUCCCCGUGGCGCCCGGAGAGCUGAAGGACAGGCUGUGCAUCGUUAGCGAGGACGACGGAGGCCUGACCGACGAGCACAUCACCUCUCUCAGGAGAUAUGUACCCACACCUGGUGACAUAGAGAUGUACAAAUCCUAUAAGGGACAAGUCUCAGAGCUCCAUGUGGUCGACCAGUACAUGAUGGAGAUGUGCAACAUCCCCUACCUGGGUGCCCGCCUGGACCUGCUGCUGAGCCUGAGGGAGCUGCCCGUCAGCAUGGAGGACCUGCAGCCGCUGAUUAACCAGAAGAUCAGGAUGUGCAAUCAGCUGUCCGGCUGCAGGGCCUUCGUCUCCGUGCUGGAGUACCUCCUCGCCGUGGGCAAUUACCUCAACGAGAAUGCCGGGAAGGAGAAGGCCAAGGGAGUUCGCCUCUCGUCCUUGACUAAACUCUCCCAGCUUCGUGGGAAAAGCAGGAAGUUCACCUUGCUGCAUGCCCUUGUCGAACAGAUCGUGUUGCACGAGCCCCACUUGGCGACGUUUUCCCAGGAGUUGACAGAAUUUGAGACUGUUCCUGGGGCGUCCAUUGAAGGCCUUGUAGCAGAGGUGGACGUGCUGAAGAAUGAGCUGCAGAAGGUGGUUCAGUACAAAAAAAUGCAGAAGGUGAAAAACCAAGGGCCGCAGAAGCAAAAGUUUUCCAAAGACUUGAAGACGGCGAUUGAGAGGUACAGCGCUGAUCUCUCCCAGCUGACGAAGAAGUGCGAGGAGAUGAAGAAACUCUACGCCGACGUCUUGGUGAAAUUUGGAGAACCGCCCGAACAGGACUCCCAGGAGCUCUUCGGGUGGGUGUGCGCCUUCGCGGCCGAUUUCAGGAGGGUCCACGCCGAAAUGGCGCCGUGACGCCCUGUGGAGCCUAUUGACUGAAGAGAAGCUGACGGGUCGUGCUUAAAUCCCGGUGGGACACGCCCGUUACCGCCAUGGUAGGUACGGUCCGUCCACCCGCCGACAACCAUCGUUUUUGUUCCUGACAUUUUAGAAAUGGACAUUCCUAAGAAUUAUGUUAUUUUCUUUUUUCUUUCCUGAACUACAAGUGCAGUGCAGACCUGUGCCUUGCAGUAUGGCACUGUAUAAGCAAGCUCCUUUAAAUGACCCGUCCCAUUACAUGGAAGUAUGAACAUUUUUUUUUAAAUGAUGUAUUGUAUAUGUAAUCUUCAUUUUGUAUGAAUAAAUUAUGCUGAGGUAAUUUUUUGUA